AUUGUAAAUUGUUGUCUCUACUUCACUCUCAACCGCGCUCCUCUUAAUCGUCCAAUGGCAUCAAGCCACGUUAAUUCUUAAACCAACUCCUCGACGGUACGGUCACUCGCCAAGUCAAGCCAUGGCCGCAUCCAACUCAGUCCGAGUCGCCGCCGCUCAGAUGACCUCCGUCAAUGACAUCACCGCCAAUUUCUCCACUUGUUCUCGCCUCGUGAAAGAAGCGGUUUCUGCUGGGGCAAAAAUGCUUUGUUUGCCUGAAAACUUCUCGUAUGUGGGUGUCAAGACUGGGGAUAGUCUUUUGAUUGCAGAACCUUUAGAUGGACCCAUUAUGCAGAAAUAUUGCUCUUUAGCAAGAGAAUCCGGUAUUUGGUUGUCCCUUGGAGGGUUCCAAGAGAAAGGACAUGAUGAUGCACACUUACGAAAUACUCAUGUUGUAAUUGAUGAUGCUGGGAACAUCAGAAGCACAUUCAAUAAGAUUCACUUGUUUGAUGUGGAUGUUCCUGGAGGAGCAGUAUACAAGGAAAGCAGCUUUACGGAACCAGGGAAGGAUAUUGCUGUUGUAGACAGUCCUAUAGGACGUUUAGGUUUGACAGUAUGCUAUGAUUUGAGAUUCCCGGAACUUUACCAGAAGCUAAGGUUCCAUCAUGAUGCACAGGUCAUAUUGGUACCUGCAGCUUUCACCACAGUUACCGGUCAGGCACAUUGGGAGAUUCUUCUUCGUGCUCGUGCAAUUGAGACUCAGUGCUAUGUCAUAGCUUCUGCUCAAGCCGGAAAGCAUAAUGAGAAAAGAGAAAGCUAUGGCGAGACACUAAUAAUUGAUCCAUGGGGCACCGUAGUUGGCCGAUUACCAGAUCGAGUGUCUACUGGGAUUACUGUAGUUGAUAUUGAUUUCUCAUUGAUUGAUUCAGUGAGGGCAAAGAUGCCAAUUGCAAAGCAUCGGAAACCAUUUGACUUUUGGAGACCUGCAACCCUAUGAUUUUCCAAAAUGUCCGACAGCCUUUUGCUGUCCACUGUCAUUCAUAUGUAAGCCAAAGCCAGAUUGAAUUCCUAAGAUCUGAAUCUGAUACUUCUUUUCUUGUUUGGUGAAUAAACUGGUACAUAACUUAUCUAUGCAUCUUUGUUAAUCUUUCAAUUACUCAAGGAAGACAUUUUAGUUCAUUAUGUCUUCCUUUAUAAACAUGUGUAUGUUUAUACAUAUUUGACUUAGUUCCGAGUUAGCGUAAACAUCUUUCAUAGAUUUGAAUGAUUUAUGCAUAAGUACGGCAAAUCGAGCAAUUUUGAGCCUCUGCCAGCCAUCGCUUGAUGCAAAAAUUUAUGGUACGUAUGUUUACAGAAAGAACCAGACAUUGAUCCCCGUCCUGGAACUCUCCAAG